AUGCGGACCCCGGCAAGCGGCUACGGCCACUUCCUGCCCGCGUCCUCCACACUGCCCUCGCCCGCGCUGCAGGCGACGGGCUCCUUGGAAGCGCCGCUGGAGACGGCUGCCGGAACGGCGACGCCCCAGGCGAGCCCCGGGAACCCGCUGUCCCCUGCGGCUUGUGUGUCGCCUUCGAACGUGCCAGUGUGA